UACUGAAAGGGAGCCGUGUGGGAGUGAUCAGCCUCAGUCCUCGGGUCAGCACCUUGGAAAAAAGUGUCACAGAGGAUUAUAUCAGGUGUAAAGCCCGAAACAGACAUUACUUGUUGUGAAAGUGGGUAUAAAGAGAAACAGUAGCACCGUUUCCCACGGAGUAAUCUCCCCAAGAGGGCGGGAGAGUUGGGGUUUUUCUCUUUUUUUUUCCUGAAGGGGUACCACUCACUUAACUCACACCUCCCCUCAGCAGCAUCCUGAGUGGAUCUCCUACUCGUUUCCACUGCAAAGGAGCAACAGGUUGAGCAGCAGCAGCAGCAGUGUGUGAAGGCGAGUGAAGCUCACCAUGCCGAGCAAAAGCCAAUAUAUGCGCCCCAGGCUGUGCACGCUGGAAAAGGGGGACAACGGCUACGGUUUCCACCUCCACGGGGAGAAAGGUAAGACCGGUCAGUUCAUCCGGCUGGUGGAGCCCGACAGCCCGGCAGAGACAUCGGGACUGCGCGCCGGGGACCGGUUGGUGUUCGUGAAUGGGGAGGACGUGGAGAACGAGAGCCACCAGCAAGUCGUGUCCCGGAUACGAGCCACCGUGGGCCAGCUGGAGCUCAUCGUGGUGGACCCGGACACUGAGCAGCUGCUGAAGAAACACAACAUGAAGUGUCUGAGGGAGUAUGUCAGUGACGGUGUCCCCUUACCGUUUGACGAAGAGGAGGAGGAGGAGGAGGUAGAAGAAGAAGAGGAGGAGGAGGAGGUGGUGGUGGUGGAGGAAAAUGAAGUAGUGGAGGAUGAGGUUGUGGAGGAGGAGGUGAAUGAGAAAGUUGAAGGAACAGAAAACGGGGAUGAGCGGCACUCCAAGAGGGACGAGGUGGAAGUGGUGGUGGUGGUGGAGGAGGUGGAGGUGGACGGGACACCCAGGGAGUCCACGCCGGUGCCGGUGCCGGAGAGUAACGGAGGAAUUCACGGGCACGUCGAGAAGAAGCUGAGCAUCAACUCAGAGAAGGAGGUGUGCACUGAACUGCGGCCACGUCUCUGCGUGAUUCGGCGAGAGGCUAAUGGAUAUGGCUUCAACCUGCACAGCGAGCGAGCGCGGCCUGGCCAGUACAUCCGAGCUGUGGAUGAGAACUCUCCAUCAGAGAGGGCAGGCCUGCAGCCCCAAGACAGGAUAGUACAGGUGAACGGUGUGUCAGUGGAGGGGAAGACGCAUUCAGAUGUCGUGUCUUUGAUUAAAGCCGGCGGGAGUGAGACCCGUCUGCUCGUGGUGGACCCCGAAACAGAUGCCUUCUUCAAGAAGUGCCGAGUGGCCCCCAACACGGACCACCUCACUGGUGCGCUGCCUGAGCCUGUCGUUAAUGGAGGAAUGGAGGAGAAGGUGAACGGUAGAGGGGCCAAUGAGGCAGAGAGGGACUCGAAGCUGUCCGUCAGUCCUUCCCCGUCCAACACCUCUUCCAACACCUCGCUUACAACCCCGCCCACAGACACCCCACCUGAGCUGGUGAUCACAAACACCAUCCCGGCUCUCAACCUGACCCUACAGCAGGUCAAAGAGCGCGCCCACCAGAAGCGCUCCAACAAGAGAGCCCCACCCAUGGACUGGACCAAGAAAAAUGAACUCUUCAGCAACCUAUAGGACAUCUCAGCUCACCUCUCACACACACACACAUACACACACACACACACACACACACACACACACACAGAUAUUUUUAUUAUAGAUAUUAGAAUCAUUUUAAAAUCCUUAUUAUUAUGACAAAUUUAAGCCUUUCUGUGAAAUGUAGUAUUCUUCUUAUUACUCGUCAUGUUAUUAUAUUACACAUAUUAUAAGUCUGAUGUCCUACUAACGAAAGAUUCUAAAGAUGAACUAAAGAUGUAUAUGCCAAGAAAAGAUAACUGGACCCUGUUGACAGUGUGUGUGUGUGCAUGUGUGUAUCCAUGCUCUGUUUGUAUGUGGGCAUACCCUUUGUGUGUCUUUGUAUGUGUAUGGGCGUGUGUGUUGUUAUGCCUUAAGACACUUUUAGGGGCACAAACCAGACUUAACAUCAGUUAAUUGGGGACAGCUUGUGCAAUUGGGGCUAAGACCCCAAUUGGUAAAAUGCUGAUUUUUGGGCCAGAGGUUAAGCUUAGGAUUAGAAAAUGAAUGUAAGUCUAUGUAAAUACCCCAAAGGUGACAGAGGUAAGACUCUGUGUAUGUGUGUGUGCUCUCAGUGGACCCUGACAGUCCCUGCUGGUCAGCUUCUGGUGCCUGUGGAAACAAGGUGGAGGAGUUUAUCGUCACGCUCAAUUUAAUGACCCGCUCCUCCGUCUUCCUAUCUGUCAUUUGACAGUUUCUACUAAUCUUUAAACAUUGUCUUCAUGUAGAACGAUAACAGGACCAGGCACAUACUGUAAAACCAGCCUGACAAUCAUUUUAUCAUUUAUCUCUAGUUUACCUUUUUAUUUGUUGUGUCAGACACAGGAUUGAGUUCAAUUCACUUUCAGGUCAUUUAUUUCAACAUUCAAAUAAAUAUUUUUCAGUGUAGAUAUCCACUCAUAACUUCUUUACAGACAAUUUUUGUGAUAUUUAAAUUUGUUAAAAUGAUAUAAUUCCUAAUCAGCUUUCCUCACAAAAUAAUUUCUUGCAUGUCAUUUUUUUGUGUUUUAAAAAUAUGCACUGAUGGCUUUAUACAGGAAAGAUUUUAAAGGGGAUUCUCCUAUAAUGUGCUGUGUAUAUAUAUAUAUAUAUAUAUAUAUAAAUAUAUAUCAUAUAUCAUGUAUAUUUUUACAUUUUUGAUAAAUAUCCCUCUCUCUGUAAUGAAAGUGAGUUCAGCUUAACCCUGUGUUGCUACCAUGCCAUUUAUCCAUAGUUUGUCUGGACAUGGUCAAUGUGAACUACAGAUUUUGAGUAACUUAUACCGUCCACACUUUGUCAUCGUGCCUGCUGUGAAUGACUGUGCAGUUCACAUACAGAAUAUUUUUAUUGCUCCUGGAAAAAUACCUUGUGAUUUUUUUUUUUUACAUGUUUCUAUUGAUGUCUUAAAAAAUUAACUUUGAGAUCACGUAUGUCUAAAAGAACAUCUGCGCUUCACUAGAUUUGAAGGUGGGAUUAUAUGAAGAGUUGUUUUGUAGCUUGUGUAAACCGUGAGCAGUUUCUUUACUGCAAUAAAUCAUGUUACAAC